UCAAGAAUAUUACACAACUACACGUGUCACGUGCAAUUCUUUAAAUAUUUUAAAUUGAUGUAGCGUUUUAAUAUACAUUUGUAUUGGUACUGAUUCGUAGGUUUUGACAGCAGGCAGCUGAUGGCGCUGUGGAGCUAUCCUAGCUUUAGCACAAGGACAGAAGAAGCAGCUCUGUGCUAGGAAGCGUGUACCAUAACAACGUGGUUUUAUAGAAGUUGCCGGUGUAUAUGUCCGCAUUACUAACGCUGUUUACUAUUUAUUAUGAAGCACACGGAGGUAAAGCAACAGCAUCCUUCCCUCUAUCUAGAAGUUUGUUCCCAAAACGAGGAGCAGCGUCUUCCGCUGCACACCUCCAUCGCCCUGUUUCUCCUGUCCUACUGCGAGUGCAAGUCUUUCAAAGUUUUUCUGGUCUUCACCAAACCUGCCUGCACCCAGUCACUGAAGAGGCAGCUACCAGAGUCUCUGGAUGUGUCUGACAUUCAGUUGGAGGAUCUGCCCCAGUUGGUAAGGGGCUGCCGUCUCCCUGCUGUUCUGGAUGAGACUGGGAGGCUCUGCAGGGCAGGGCUGGCGGUGGUGCUGAGACACAUCAUCAACAAGACCUUAGAGGCUGACCCUUCUAGAAAUGAUGUGUUGGCGCUGCUGGGAUUCAAGAAGACUUGUCUGAAGGCCUGUGCUGAGGUGAGCAAGUGGACCAGACUGUGUGAAAUUGGCAUUCCCUCUGCUAUUGAGGAACACCUCAAAAAUCCCUCAAAUCAAUAUCAGCAGCUGCCCCUCUCCAUCCUCACCCUAGAGCGAAGGCUAGCAGAGCCUGUCAAAGUCCACAAUGAUGAUAAAAUACGGAGACAGAAACUCCAAGAGCAGAGACAGAAUGAAAAGAAUGAGUCCCCCGAAGGCCAAGGGAACCCAGAUUCUGACUCCGAACCUGGACAGGCACCUCAGGUCUGUGAUGGACUUGAGCUCAGGGCGGCUCUGGCCAAGCUGUCUGUGGAUUCAGUUCCGACUUUGACCACCAGAGAGAACUCUGAGAUCAGGAAAGUGAAGACCACAGACCUGCCUCCACUUGAGCAUGUGUUUGCUGAGGGACUAUACUUCACUCUGACUGAUGUGGUGCUGCUGCCGUGCAUCUAUCAGUACUUGUGUUCCCUCCAAGUCCAUGCUGUGAGCACUCUAUAUCAACUGCCCUACCUGCUGCGUUGGUACAGCCGUGUUCAGGAGGUACCUGGGGUCCUUCGGGCAGCCAAGGCUUGUGGGAUGGCUCUGUCCAUCCCCCAAGUUCCCACGUCCAGCCUCCCAGGGCCGUCAGCAGAGGACAACCCAACUAGCCUAUUGGAGCAAGAAGAAGGCCAAGAGAUGACCACAGAGCUUCCCUUUGUCGGUGGCCCCAGGCCCACAAUGACUAAACUUCAAGAAAAUGGCAUCGAGGCAGUCUUCGCUCCUCAUCCCUGCCCUGCCUGGACCCUCCCAUGGGACAGCUUACCAGGCCCUAUCAACCCCACUGAAGGGAAAAUGUCAAAUAUCCGUGCAGUCAGAAAGAGGCAACAGCUGAAUAACUUGGUUGCCAUGGUUAUGGAGCUAGCCAGGCCGGGAUACACAGUUGUGGAUUUCUGCAGUGGAACAGGCCAUGUAGGGAUUGUUCUGGCACACACACUUCCAGAUUGCCAGGUCCUCCUCAUAGAGAACAAAGAAGAGUCUUUGGUCAGGGCCCAGUGUCGUAGUGCCGAGCUUGGUCUGAAAAACAUCGCCUUCAUUCAGGCCAAUUUGGACUACUUCACCGGACCCUUUCACAUUGGGGUUGCCCUCCAUGCAUGUGGCGUUGCAACAGACAUGGUGAUGGAGCAUUGCAUCCAGGCAGGAGCUGCCUUUGUCAUCAGUCCUUGUUGCUACGGCUUCAUCCAGAACGCAAUCAAGUUCACCUUCCCCAAGAGCAAAAGGUUCCAAGAGACUCUGACUUAUAAGGAACACAUGAUCCUCUGUCGCUUCGCAGACCAAACUGCUGUCCAGCUCCCUCCUGAGAGGCGACUCAUAGGUAAACAGUGUAUGGGCCUGGUAGACUUGGACCGCUUGUGGGCAGCAGAGACUCAUGGGUACUUGGUGCGGGUGAUGACUAUGGAACCUGAAAGCUGUUCACCAAAGAACAACAUGCUGGUGGGAAGGCCACUGCAGAAGAGUGGACUGGAAGUCAGUGCAAGCCAACUGGAAGCGCUGGUGCAUAAUUAGGACUGCAAGCACCACUGUACAGCAGAGCAUCUUCAGUGUGGUCAGGGUUUGAUAAAGUACUCAUCCUCUGUGGUUCUGGCUGUGUUAUGAUGGUGCUGAGAAUACAACUAUAUUUUAUCCACCCUCAACAUUUUCUUUUGUUUUUUGUUUUUUUUUUUGUUUUUUUUUUACAAGCCUUUUGUAAGAAACGGCCUCAGAAAAUAAAACAGAUGUUUGCUUAUUAUUUCUGGACUAGCAAAAGUCAUCUUUUGAAAUCUCUUUCAGACUGAAGGUAAAGGAAAUAGUGCCAUGAUGAUGCCAUGUGGAGGAGGAGUGCUUGCGGAGAACUCAUCUCCUUAGUUAAAUGCAAUCAAUUAUUGGACGCAUAGUUGUAAAAGAGCUCAAGUCUCUCACCAACUGCUAUGUUACGUUUGUGUCUUUGCCUAAACUGUGUGAUCAAGCUGUCAGCGUAAACAGAAGCUGCAGGAAUUACACACCCACAUUGAGAAUUAAGUACACCAUACUUCCACAUGCUGUUUUUGCAAAUAGUCUGUAUACAGCCUUCUGUGAUAGAACUCAGCAGUCAGCUCCCUCUGUUGCCAGGUUUUAACAGAAGAAGGAGAAAUUCUGUGCUAAAAACUCAUCUGCACUUAAAGAUGAGAUGGGGAAUUAUCAUGAUCUACAUCUCCAGUGUGUGUUUGUGAGAGACUGGGGGAGGGGGUGUAGAAAGAGAGAAAUUGGAUUUAAACUUGUAUCACAUCAGGUAAAAUACAGCAUUUGUCAUGAUGGUUCUACAGAGAAACUGAUUAUUCUUCAUAGAGUGAAUGUGACUAUGGAAUGCGUCCCAUCAUACGAAUAUGAAUAUUUUAUGAUGUUUGUGAAAAGGUCAGUGUGCUUGAUUAGAUGCGCUCUGCUCAGAGCCCAGUAGAUGAAAAUCACACAAUACGCACCAUAUUUCCAAUCAUGUAUACUUUAGACAUACUAUAGCCCCUUAAGCUUUCAUUCUCCCAGGUGAAACUGGUCAUCUGUUUCUCUGAAAAAUCCUGUGUUCUCACCUUUGACAGUGUAUUGCGGCUACUUGAGAAAUCUGGGGAGGUAGCAGGAGAGCCAGUUUUCCUGCUCACACUGAAGGGAUAAGACAAGAAGGGUGUAGGCUUUUCGAGCUCAUCUGAAUUCAGUCAGGAGAGUCAAUCUAUCCUGAGGUGAAUGGCCACAGACACAGCUCCUUCCAAGGACUGGAAUUAUUUCAAAAGGAGAUGUCUGACUCCCUGUUCAUGCUUGUGGCUGUGCAUAAGUGCACAUUACAGAAAUGCAUAUAGGCACAAAAGAGGAGAACAAGAGUAGGUGGAACUACUUAUAGCUUGUAUGAGAGAGAAGAGAAUAAAGAGGUGUGAAGUGGGUCGAUUCAACCCAAACACCCGGGGCUGGAAGGUGACUAAACAAGACUUUUUGUUUAGACAAAAUAGGUGAGAUAUCUGAGCUUCUUUCUAUGUAAAUGCACAGUGUUUCUUUACUAAUGAUCAGCUUCACGAAGCCUUCCUAUGAGUAAAGCAUGGAGUCAGAGAUACACUGAGCUAAAUGCAUUUUUUAGUGUGUAAUUAACAGAAUCAGAAAUCAGAAUCAGGUUUAUUGCCCUGUAGGUUUUCCCAUACUAGGAAUUUGCCUUGGUGUUGUGGUGCGUAACACUCAAAAUAUAGAAAUUAAGAGGAAAAAAAAGUACUGCAAACUGAUUGACCUCAAAACAAAAGUUGACAAGAUAUGAGCUGAACCUUAAACAAAUGAUUUUUUAAAAGUUUUUUUGGAGCAAAAGGAACCUGUGACUGAACAAAUCGUAUAUGGAAAGUAGAUUGUCAUUUAGUCAGUGAGGAGUCUUUAUGUAUAUGCUGAUAAUCAGCAUAAAUAGGCUGUGGCUUAGUGGUAGAGCGGGUCGUCCACCAAUCGGAAGGUCAGUGGCUCAAUCCCAACUUCCCCCAGCCCACAUGUCGUAGUGUCCUUGGGCAAGACACUGAACCCCAAAUUGCUCCUAUUGUGCCUUCGGUGUGUGAGUGUGUGUGAAUGGUUAGUUACUUCUUUGAACUAAUGAGCAGUUGGUACCUGCCAUCAGUGUAUGGAUGUGUGAAUAAGGUAAAUGUGAUAUGUUAUGUGAUGCGUUUUGAGUAGUCAGAAAGAGUAGAAAGGCGCUAUACAAGUGCAGUCCAUUUACAUUAAAAUAACACGUAGAUUUUUUUCUAUUAAACUCAGCGAACACUCUUCACAUUUGUGUAGGUUUUCAAAAGCAAUUUCAACUGAACAAUUUGUUGCAGCAGAAAACCUCUAUCAGGAAAUAAUGGGGCUUUCAUUGUUUCAUUAGCUUCUGUUAUUACUUGUAAUUAAAAUCCAGCUCGUCUUGGUGUUUUCCACUUCAUUACACUUGUAGUGUUUAUGGCCGUUUGUUUGCAACCGUUUGUUGCUCCAUAUUUGGGGUCCCUCCCUAUUGGUAUGAAUUUUCUCUUUUGACAGUGACCUUGUUAAUGUUCAGUUACUAUAACAGGCACUCAUAUAAAGUACAAACCCAGAUGAUACAAGGGGCCGCUGCUGCCCUUUCAGUUAUUUUACAUAUCAUACUAGUGCUUUUAUGUUUAACACGCAUUGCCACCAAUGAAAUGUUCAUUUUAGUUGUGUAUAUUUUUUCUAAAAAACAAUGUUGAGCAUAAUUAUAAAAGUCGAGAAUAACAACAAAUUAUUAUGCACACAUCAUCUCUUUGGUUGCCUACUCAGGUAUUAUUUUGCACACCCUUAUAAACUAUUCCCUGAUGCUUCUCAUCCUACUUGUCACAUCUGUUUUCACCUUAUAUAUCCCCAGUUUGGGAUUUCCCUGCUUUUAUUCUAUUUUUGCAUUUAUUUUCUACUUUUAUCUACUGUAACAUUGUCUGUUCAGAAUGUAACUAAUGACUCACUUUCCACACAGGGUUCAUUAAAGGACGAGUUUGCCCAAA